AUGAGCCAGCAACAUCCUUCGGCAGCAGCAGCGGCAGCAGCAACGACAGUUCUGGCAGUUAACAACUUAACGAACACUAAGAUGAAUAAUCACCAUUCUUCCACUCAAGUGCUCCAUGGAUCCACGCAGCAUGGCAUUCCGUCAGCAGGCGGGAACAAUCUCAUAAAUGGUGGAGCUGGCAACGGUGCCACGGGAUUGCAGUCCAGUGCUUCAAGCACAAGUACCAGAGACGACUCUACGAUUGUGGGUUUGCACUAUAGAAUUGGGAAGAAAAUCGGUGAAGGGUCCUUUGGUGUCCUUUUCGAAGGUAUAAACAUGAUCAACAACGUUCCUGUGGCAAUCAAGUUCGAGCCAAGGAAAACGGACGCUCCUCAACUAAAAGACGAAUAUAGAACUUACAAGAUUCUUAACGGAUCUGAAGGUAUCCCACAGGCCUACUACUUUGGCCAAGAAGGUUUACACAACAUCUUGGUUAUUGACCUUUUAGGUCCCUCUUUGGAAGAUCUCUUCGACUGGUGUGGACGCAGGUUCUCAAUAAAAACCGUCGUACAAGUUGCUAUACAGAUGAUUACGCUUAUCGAAGAGUUACACGAUCACGACUUAAUAUACCGUGAUAUAAAACCAGAUAACUUCUUAAUUGGAAGACCAAACCAACCAGAUGCAAACAUGGUCCAUUUAAUUGAUUUUGGUAUGGCUAAGUUGUACCGUGAUCCAAAGACCAAACAGCACAUCCCAUACCGUGAGAAGAAAUCACUAAGUGGUACCGCUCGUUACAUGUCCAUCAAUACACAUCUGGGUCGUGAACAGAGCAGAAGGGAUGAUAUGGAAGCUUUAGGUCAUGUUUUCUUCUAUUUUUUGAGAGGACAAUUGCCAUGGCAAGGUCUAAAGGCUGCUAACAACAAACUAAAAUACGAAAAGAUUGGUGAAAAGAAGAGAUCGACUAAUGUGUAUGAUCUAUCACAAGGUUUGCCAGUUCAAUUUGGUCGUUACUUGGAAAUUGUUAGAAACCUUGCGUUCGAAGAGACUCCGGAUUAUGAAGGGUACCGUAAGUUGUUGCUGUCGGUAUUGGACGAGUUAGGACAAAAAUGCGAUGGCGAUUAUGAUUGGAUGAAGUUGAAUGGUGGUCGUGGUUGGGAUCUUGCCAUUAACAAGAAACCAAAUUUGCACGGCUAUGGCCACCCAACUCCACCAAACGACAAGAGUAAAAGACAUAGGAAUAAAUUCAACCAGGUCCCUGCUGCAGUGAACAAUAUGAAUGGAUCAAACGUUCCAUUACAAUCACAGUCUCCAUUACCUGGUGGUACAGACCUGACUCAAGGAGCAAAUAAUGCUCCUCAACAACCUCAACAAAUUAUGACCCAACAACAGUAUCAACAACAUACACAACAAAGGCUGGACCCUACCUCAUAUGAAGCUUACAAGCAACAAGUCCAACAACGUUAUGCCCAACAGCCACAAUCAUCCCAGCAAAAAGCUCAACGUCUACCUAACACUACAUCCCAACAGCAGUUUUCACAGUCUCGUCAACAACAACCACAGUAUCAAUUCCAACAAAACCAACCCCAAAACAACCAAAACCAAGCUACAAGCUCUGGUUCGGAGAAGGGGUUCUUCAGCAAACUCGGUUGUUGUUAG